AUGGGCGGAUUCCAUUCCAUAAAGACCAGUGGUUACUCUCGAACAAACUCCCUCUUCAUUAUUGUCUCAGCCUGCGUAGUCGGUGGCAUCGUCAUCUUCAUAAACAUCAUGGUCAUCACUUUUCUGUUGAGAAAGAGGCAAAAGCAUAUUCCUCACGGCCGCAAUGGGACGCGAGCACAAUUGUCUUCAUCUGGAGUUCACGGUGGCAGUGGAUACCCGCCCGAAAAAGUCUACGGAUCCGACGCUUUGGGACGACCUGGCGCCGCGGAUAUUUAUGACACAACUUGUGGCUGUCUUUCGAGGGGUCGCUCGCAGGACAACCUGACGCCAGCUAGUGAAAGAUUUUCGCCUGCGCAACAAAGUGGCAAGUACUUCUACUCGGCAGAUCCCUUAUUGGAUCGUAUGAACUCCGACAGUCUCAAGUCUGAUCAGUAUCCAGACGGGCAGGUAGCAGGACACUCCUACGCUUAUCACCCGUACACAGCGGCAACACCUCCUCAGUUCUCCACUUUGCCAACGCAGGGCUAUGGAUUGGGAUCGUCGGCUGUAGCUGCAAGCAAUGGGUACAAUCAUUCCAAUUUUGUUCCAUCGAUUUGCCCCCAGAAGAAGAACGGCACAUUUGCAGAACCGAACCGCUCGACGUAUUCACUCAGGCGCAUGGCACCGCCAAAUCACGUGAAUCAGCAGACAACCUGUCCAGUACAGGUGGGAGUUCCACGAACGCCUACUCAACCUCACAUGCCUCAGGUGCCAGCCUGCUGGUCCAACACCAUGUACUCUUGCUCUCGUCCCUCCCCGAAAAUGGUUCAGACACCAAUGAUGACUUCCUAUGCACCGCCGUUUAGGCCGGCCUCGGGUGAGUUGCGGCGGACUCACAGUUUCAGCGACCUCGGUUCGCCUAGCCCGCGUCAGUCAGAAGUCAGUCUGUUUGGUAGACCAGUAGUUCUCUACACGAUACCACUUCUGAUUUCAGGCUUCAUUGGAUACGCAGAAGAUAUCUACAGGGAAAGACUGGUAGCCUUCCAGAGAGGCGAAAGUCCAACGCGAAAACUUCUAUUGCCAAAUCCUUCAAACUCGAGUUCAAGUAUCAGUUGUCUGGGUGGCCGACCAACACCCGCCAACCAGUUCGGCUCCAUAUCUCCCUUUGAGCAGAACCGAGGAGGAUGCAUGACCAUGGAGCCCGAGCAGUUUCUUGACCAACAAAAUGGAAGCAACGGAUGCGAUGGUUGGCUCAAAGUGGCCAAUCACCAACGAAAGCAGCAACGCACUUCGCUAUCCUCUGACUGCAUAGUCUGA